AUGAGCCUAGGCAACUUGGGGUCAGACUCACGUUGUCGCUGUAUCCAGACGGAGGGACGUCGGAUUGGUAAACUCAUCGAGAAGGUGGGGAUAUUCCCUCCCAGCUCGCACUGCAAAGACACUGAGAUCAUGUGAGUUCAGACUACCGACCCAUCUCACUAGCUAACACGCUGACCCUAAAAUAUGACUAUUAUACACUGAGCAUACAAAACAUUAAAAACACUUGUUCUUUCCAUGACAUAGACUGGCCAGUUGAAUCCAGGUGAAAGCUAUGAUCCCUUAUUGAUGUCACUUGUUAAAUCCACUUCAAUCAGUGUAGAUAAAGGGGAGGAGACAGGUUAACCCUUUUAAGACCCCUUAAAAAAAUAUUUUAACAAAAUAUUGGAUGAAACAUUGAAUUUGGCAUUACUGUUAUUAGCCAACAGAAACACAUUGAGUAACAGAUUCACUACAUGGAACAACAUAUAGUCCAAAAGAAAAUCAAAAGGAAGUUUGUUCUGAAGUGUCUGUCCUAUAUCUAAAAGAUAUAAGAAAGAUCAGGAAACUCUUUUUUCACAUUUAUUCAUCCCCUUAUUUUAGGCAAUAAAUUAUCUCCAUAUAUACUUCCAUUUAAACUGGUAACAGGGACCUUCAGAUGAGUCUUGUGAGGCUUGUGGAGAAAACCCGCUUAUUCAUGAGAGUCUCACCUUUCCACAGAGGGCUCAUAUUAGUGUGUAGUCCAAACCGUACGGACGCUACAGACAGAAGUUGGCAGAAGAGGCUGUACCGACUUCAGACUUGUGGGCGUCCUAGAGCAAAACUUGAGGCUUGUGGGCGUCCUAGAGUAAAACCAUCAUAUUCGUGAGAGUCUCAGCUUUCAAUAGAGGGGUCAUAAUAGUUUGUAGGCCAAACCGUUAGACGUUUUUGUGAGAAGACCGAUUAUCGCGAUGUCUCAUGUUCUGACAAACACCUCUCUAACUCUGCCACCUUUCACCACAGAUAGGGAAGGGCGUGAUCGGCGGAUGCGGUGGAUUGAGACGCAGCCCAUGCAAAAAAAACACAUAUCUCUAGUCUAAACAGAUGGAUUUUGAUGGGGAUAUUUUAUUAUGUUAAUUAGAUUUCCACAGGGGUGCGACCAUUGUAGGCCAUGGGUUAAAUAAGGAUUUUGAAGCCUUGAUACAAUUGAGACAUGGAUUGUGUAUGUGUUCCAUUCAGAGGGUGAAUGGGCAAGACAAAAGAUUGAAGUGCCUUUUAUACGGGGUAUGGUAGUAGGUGCCAGGUGCACCGGUUUGUGUCAAGAACUGCAACGCUGCUGGGUUUUUCACGCUCAACAGUUUCCCGUGUGUAUCAACAAUGGUCCACCACCCAAAGGACAUUCAGCCAACUUGACACAACUGUGGGAAGCAUUGGAGUCAACAUGGGCCAGCAUACCUGUGGAAUGCACAACUCAAUAUUAGGAAGGUGUUCCUAAUGUUGACUCCAAUGGUAUAUAAGUUGAUGUUGAUAUGGCUUUUAAAUCAUGUUGAUGUCGGCUAUGGCCAUUUUAUAUUAAUCUUAUUUAAUUAAGUUAGUGCUGACUAAAGUAUGGCUAACAUGUAAUGUUGACUAUCUUAAAUGAUUAUUAGUUAGUUGAGUUAUAACACUAACACUGACUCUAAAAUAUGGUUAUUAUACGAUGUUCACAUUCAGAUAUUUAUCUUAAAUUAUUCUAUGUGAGUCCUUGCUUACUACCUCCUAUUUCAUUUACAAAAGCUGAUUUAGCUCUAGGUUGUGAUAAUGUUAGUUCCAGGUUGUGGUAAUGUUAGUUCUGUUUCUGACUGUGCUGUGUGCCUGUCUUGCAGAGCCACUCUGAAGGGGAGCAGUAAGGAGAUUUGUUUGGACAUCAGCGCUCCCUGGAUCAAGAAGUUCAUUGAGAAGAUGCUGGCCAAGUAA